AUGCCACCACCAACAUCUGAAAAGCCUCUGCUCGGCGUAUGGAAACCCAGCCCCCGCGUCGAAACCCUCUACUAUGGCUCAGGCUGUGUAUCCAAGCACCUUCGCGCUUCCCUGAAAUCGCCACUGUCCAGAGUCUUCGUCGUCACCGGCAAGACCGUAGCAUGGGACACGCCGCUCGUCGAAGACCUGCGGCAGUUGCUGGGGGACCAAAUCGCCUGCGUAUUCGCCCAAGUGCCGCCGCACGUGGAGCUCGAAGUAGUCUUUGACGCGGUCGACAUGAUGCAGGAAGCGCAAGAACAAGGCGCGGAGAAAAUCGACACGAUUCUUGCUGUCGGCGGUGGCUCGCCCAUCGACUUUGCCAAAAUCCUGUCCGUCCAGGCACGCGCAAAUCCUGCCUUGGGCCCGUUCACCGUCAUUGUCAUCCCAACCACUCUGAGCGCCGCCGAAUGCUCGAUUGUGGGCUACUACUCGAGGGACGGCACGAAGCUGAUGCUCACCAAGCCGUCUAUGGCGGUGAAUGCCAUUUUCUACGACCCGGAAUACGCGCAAUACACACCCAAGCGCCAGUGGUUGGGCAGCGGCAUAACCGCGCUCGAUCACGCCGUGGAGACUAUGUAUGACCCCUUUGCGACCGAGUAUCCGGCAAAGGCAAUGGCGUUGUGGGCGGCGAGGGGUCUGGUUUCUGGUCUGCGAGAUAUGGGAGCCAACUGGCCUGGAACUCGCGACCAGAUGACGCGUUUGUUCCUGGCGGCACAUGCGAGUAAUUCAUCGCGGAAUUCCAAUGCGGCGGUGCAUAGCGGACUCUCGCAUCUGUUCAGUUUUGCGUUGGGCAGUCCGUUCAAGAUUGCUAACGCUGAGAUCAGCUGCAUAACUCUGGGAAAAGUAGUCAUCUUCAAAGCCAAAACAAGCACUGCCGACGCCAAACAGAUCGCCCGGCUCCUGCCCGCAAUAACGGGGGAAAGGAGCACGGGGAAACACGUUGCUGAAGCCUGUAAAGUUGGGCGCAGUAUCAUGGCUCUCGUGAAGGAGCUCGGUCUCAACGAUCGUCUUGACAAAUGUGGCGUUGCGCGUGAGCAGAUCCCAACUAUCGCCAAGCGGGUUGGAGGUGCUUAUGGACUCAAACCGGAGGAUUGUAAAGCUAUCAUCAAUCUUGUUGAGGCGUUUUUCCCGUCGGAUUGA